AUUCGUUGGCAGAAAAUGAGGAAGGUCGACGCAGUGAACCCAUUGAGCCUGAAGGUGUCACCCCUGGAGAGCAAGCAGCUCCUGACUGCAAUGGGACCACCCCAUCACCAUUAGGGACUCCUGAACCAACAGUAGGCAAUGAAGGAGAACACGACUCUUCGUCUGUCCUCAUAUCUCCUUUAUUAGAUGAAAUUUAUUCGUUGGCAGAAAAUGAGGAAGGUCGACGCAGUGAACCCAUUGAGUCUGAAGGUGUCACCCCUGGAGAGCAAGCAGUUCAACACAGCAAUGGGACCACCAGAUCACAAUUAGGGACUUCUGAACCAACAGGCAAUGGGACCACCAGAUCACAAUCAGGGACUUCUGAACCAGCAGGCAAUGGGACCACCAGAUCGCAAUCAGGGACUUCUGAACCAAAAGGCAAUGGGACCACCAGAUCCCAAUCAGGGACUUCUGAACCAACCGGCAAUGGGACCACCAGAUCACAAUUAGGGACUUCUGAACCAAAAGGCAAUGGGACCACCAGAUCACAAUUAGGGACUUCUGAACCAACAGGUAAUGGGACCACCAGAUCACAAUCAGGGACUUCUGAACCAACAGGCAAUGAAGGAGAAGAAUACUCUGAAUCUCGUGAAUUAGAUACAAUUUCUCCUCGGACCACCCCAACAGAAUUAGAAACUUUAGUAACAGAAGACAAUGAAGGAGAGCAAGACUCUGCAACCAAUUCAACUCCCUUAUUACGACAAAACCUAGGAGAAACUGCGGUAUAAAAGUCAACACGCUCUCCGAUGGUCUGCACCAUAGUACAUUAUGGUUGCUACAGGAUCACUGGACCAUCAAGCCUGCCAAUAUAUACAAAGAUUUUACAAGGUGUAGUCAAAGUCAAAUUGAUGUGUGGUAUAUUCUUUUGCAUUUGGUCUCGCAAGUUAUCUUGAAAAACUAUAUACAUUGUACAGUCUGUACCACAGUUCUACUUGGGUAUGUUGUAUUCCGAGAUAAAAUGCAAAAAGAAAUUCAAAUGUGAUUCGGCGCGAAAGGUAGGCAUAUUGAUAUGCCUUUGUGACCUAUAUACUGGAAUAUGCCUUUGUGGAAUAUAAUUUUGUGACCUAUCCGCUGGUUCCUAACUUUGUGACCACAACGAUAGUUAUACAGGUGAACCAGAGUUAUUUUAUGCUGUUAACCAAUCCACCCAUUAUAGAUGUUGAAAACAUCUCAGGUGAUGCUCUGCCAAGCAAUAUCUUUGUUGAUUAAUGGCUUCUGCUGUUUGCUCCAUACAAACAUAACUGUAGUAAGGAUAUACUGUACAUGCACAUCUUUUUGAGUGGCUUAACUGUGGUAAUUAGAACAAGAAAUUUGGUUUAAAGUCGAGACUGAUUGAUCAAGAGUGUAUUUCAUUGUUUAAUUUCUGGUUAGCCUGUCAUCAGAAUAAUGUGUCAGGUCGGGUGUCAUAAUACCUUGUCAGAGUUAUGACUUUUCAGUUCCAAAAUUUACCUGUGGUACUACACUCUUAUUAAUACAUAACAGUUUUAGUACAUUAAAUUGUUUUACAAUUUUUCAAUGAGAUAUAGGAAAAUAAGUGUCAUAUAGGAUAAUUUUGCAGUCAUGCAUCACUUCUUUAGUUAGCCUGACGUCAGAAUAAUGUGACAGGUCGGAGUGUCAUAAUAAUGUGACGGGUUGGGGUGUGAUAAUACUUUGUCAAGGUUACGACAUUUCAGUGAGAUAACACUUUAAAGUGGCCCCACUAUCUGUGGACAUCGUCUUCAUAUGGCAUCAAAUGUUACGAGGACGCAAAACAACGAACAUAACAUUUACGUUCGGAUACAUUGUUGUGUUUAAAACAUGAAAGUUGUGAAAAUAUCCAUUUACCUGGUAUAUAUAUUUUUUUUAAUUCUGUGGAACCUUUCCACUUCAGACACUCAAAAUUUGGAUCUGAAACAAAUUACAAUUGAACCAUCAUGACUUACUUAAAAUUAAUUCAUUUUUACUCCAUACAUUUAAUGUAAUCAUGAUAUUAUUGAAUUUGGCUUAGUUCAAUGGCAGUAUUGUAUCGUAGUCGGCAUCCUAGCUGCUGAACAUGAUAUAUACUUGGUACACUGAUUCUAAUGUGAAGUGAUUGUGAUAUAAUAUUGAUGUUUUAUUGUAUUGAAAAUACAAACCAAUGGACAUUUUUACUCUUUAAUUAUCUUGUGUUUGAUUUUUAGCUCACCUAGCACGAAGUGCCAAGUGAGCUUAUGCCGUGGCGCGUCUUCUGUCCAUC